AUGCCCGAGCAGCCAAUCGUCGAGAAAGCCGAUAGCAAUGGGCACGCCGAGCCUGAGGCUGCAAAGAGAACAAGAUCAGAAGGUUCGGGUGAGGCCGAGGAGCAAGUGGAGCCGCACAAGAAGCUGCGCAAGGCGACUGAGGAGCCCGAGUCGGCAUCGGAGACCGUAUGCGAGGACAAGGCGGAGCACGGGGACGAUUCAGGCGGCGAACAACAGACGACGCGCAACGGCGAAUUGAGCGCGGCCGCAGAGGCGCAGCCGCAGAAGCAGGCGGCUGGCGAUGCCCCCAGGACCGCGUUCGGCGAGCGGCCGCCGUUUGUCGCUGCAAAGCCGUUCGGCGCUGCAGGGUUCAGCGUCAAGAAGGACGGCGCCGCCGCGAGCGGCAGCGCCAGCCCACCGGGGGCUGGCGCCCCUAGCGCCGGGGACCCCAAGCCGUUCUCCUUCGGCUCCGGGCUUGCAUUUGGCAGUGGCUUCAAAGUGCUGAAGCCCGAUGCCAAGCCCGGCAGCACCAUAUUCGACAAGAAGGAUGGCACCACCUCUCCGCUGCCGGAGUCGACGGCUGCGUCCGUGGCGUCCGAGGCUUCGGACGCUGCAGACUCGGACGCACGUGAGGCCAGCAUCUGUCUGCAGAAGCAGGUCACACAAACGGGCGAGGAGGCAGAGGACUCACUGUACCAGGCCAAUGUCAAACUGUACCAGCUCGUCAGCAUCUCUGAGGGCUGGAAGGAGCGUGGCGUAGGGCCUGUGCACGUCAAUAAGGACCGUUCCACCGGUCGGGCCCGCCUCGUCAUGCGUUCCCGCGGCCUGCUGAAGGUCAUCCUCAACCUGCCGCUCGUCAAGGGCUUUUCGAUCCAGAAGGGCUUCCCAGGCUCGCUGCAGAGUGAAAAAUUCAUCCGCAUUUUGGCCGCCGACAGUAGUAAAGGCCCGGUGCAGUACGCACUGAAGACCGCCGCCCCGCCAGUUGCCGAACAGCUUUACAAAACCAUCGCGGACCUCAUCCCGGACAAGCCGUCCGUGUAA